UUCAGCCCUUCCGCUGCUUUGACAGUUCGGCUGAGGCUGGGCUGGUGCACAGCAUUCCUGCCUGGCAAAUGGCCUGGGCACAGCUGGUAGAGGGAUUGAUGCUCCUGCUUUUGGGGGUAAUGGGGAUCCCUGUCUUUGCAGGGUACCUGCUGUGGUGAGGGUGAAGGAAGCUGCAAGCUGUAGCUUGUUUGUAGAGGGAAGCCACAAGGGAUCUCUGCUGUAUGGGUGGGAAGAGAGUCCCACAGAAUGCCCAUUCCUGUUUACAGGCUGCCAGCAUUCCAUGACAAAGUUUUCAACAUCCACAGCAGCUUGGUAUCUGAAUUCCCUCAUGAGAAGUGUCUUCCCUGCCUCUCAUGUGCAGCCCUACCUGUUCAUGGGUGGUAUCAGCUCCAUUGAUGCCCUGAAGAGUCUUCCUUACCAUGGAUAGUCCACCCAAACUGACUGGUGAGACACUGAUUGUCCAUCACAUUCCCCUGGUGCAUUGCCAGGUCCCCGAUAGACAGUGCUGCUCCGUGAGCAAAAGGACCAACCCCUUCUGCCAGCCAGAGCUCAGCACUACACGGACCUCUGCCCUUCCAGACAGAGACCUCUCACAGACUGACUCCUUGGUGUACAGCAGCUUUCUCCAGACCUCUGAAGCCUCAGCAGAGGCCUCAGACAACAAAGAAAGAAAAGCAAGGGAUCUGAUUGUCCCUAGUGUCAGUAAGCGACACAACCCUUUCCUGCUGAGUGAGGGUGAUGACCUCAGUAUUUUUGGGGAUGACUUGGGUCAGAAAUCUUUCCACCUUCACAACUCGCUUGUCGAUGGCAAACCGCCCCUCAACCUGCAGGAUCUGGCCUUGCCCCCUUUCCACCUCCACGACUCCAACCACAUUGUGAAGUCCUGGAACAUGGCCAGCCGGUCUGGUGUGGUGGACGGGCAAGAGGACAAACUCAGUAGUAAUGACAUCCAGAAGAGGAACAAUGCGAACAGGUGCCAUCAGGCCUCGGAACGCAUGGAGCUGGAUGAAUGCAGCUGCCAUCGUGGCAGCUCUUCCAACUUCUCCUUCGACAGUGGUGACCAGGAGUGGAACCAGAACACGGGUGAACCGCUGAGGAAUCAGGAUGCCCUGCACAGGACAUGCAGUUGUUCCAGCUCAGAGAUCCAGCACUGUCGCUGCUACAGUUCAUCAAGUCAGUCUGAAGUGAUUGACCAACAGAUGGGCUACAUCAGUGACUCUUCUUGCAACAGUUCUGAUGGGGUCCUGGUGAACUUCAGUGCUCUCUACAACAAAAUGAACGGUCAGUCUCAAUCCAACCUGAAUUCAGCUAACCUGUCCUGUGACUCUUCCUUCUGCAGCCACUCAGACACAGGAGCUUUUUACCUGGAUUUACAUUCAUCACCCACUGAAUCCAAGAUGUCUUGUGAGUCGCAUAACCCAGAAAGUUCGGGCAAGGUGUGUGGGUGUCAACACUCCUCCUCACCUGUCCUUGAUGCUAACUGCAACUCCUACCACCUCCACUGUGAGCCUUGCACAUCAGAGAGCUCAGACCUCACUGCCUGCUUCCAGAGCCAAGCACGGCUUGUUGUGGCUACUCAGAAUUACUAUAAGUUAGUCACAUGUGAUUUGUCUUCCCAGUCAUCCCCCAGCCCUGCAGGAUCUUCCAUAACUAGCUGCUCAGAAGACCAGACCAAGGGUAGCCCAGCCCAGCCCACAGAAUACUAUCUGUUCAGAAGGCCUGACCUGAGACAAGAAGGCAAUGUAGAGUGCAGUGAAGAGGAGCCAAAGGGAGAAUCCAGCCAGAACAUGAUUGAGGGUCAGGUCUAUGUCAAUGUGUCACCACCAAACCUCAACACAAGCCGGCAGCGCUCCAGGAGCUAUGAUCAGAACUUGGACAGGAGUCCUGGCAGCAGGCUGGGCUCCUUGGAGCGCAUGGUGAGCUGUCCAGUCAAGCUGAGUGAAAGUCCAGCAAUACCCAUUCAGAGCUCUCCCCCCAAGAGGGUGACAUCAUUCGCUGAACUGGCUAAAGGACGGAAAAAGAACGGCACCUCCCCACCGCUCCGCUCUAGUGGUGAUUCUUCCCUGGAGUUCUCUCCUAUCCCUGAGACUCAGCGGGAUUGCCCAACCUUCCUUGAAGAAAGAGCUCGGCGCAGCCAGAGUCUUCCACCCAUGCCCUUCAUCCAUGGGCUGAACCGGAGCUGCGAGGGCUUCUGUUUGAAUCAUGCUUUUGGGGACAGUCAGGCUUUGUGUUCCACCAAAGACUCGGUGUCCAGUGAGAAGGUCCCCAGUGGGCAUGGGGCAGGUGAGCAAGCCUCUCUCUCCCUGCUGAUGGAAGCAGAUGCCAGCUUCUCAGGUGGCUCUGCCAGUGGCCACGGACAAAAAGAUGUUAGAGCCCGAGCAGACGGUGGUGGCACAGACAGCAAGCCUGUGGUACGCUACAGCAAGGACCAGCGUCCCACGACUCUGCCCAUCCAGCCCUUUGUUUUUCAGCACCAUUUCAGCAAGCCGCCCAAGGCACGUGCCCUGCACAGCCAUUUUGCCUCCAGCCUUUCCCAGCUCUACAGCUUGUCCAGCAGCCGGCCUGCCAGCCAGCAGAUCUCCAGUUCCCAGUCCUCAGCCUUGGCCACGUCGGCAGAGCAGGCGGCGGUGGCGGGGAGCCAGGCCCAUGGCACGCUCAUGACCCAGCGCUCAGCAGACGGAGCUGCCUCGCGCGGUGAUGGGGGCAUCAAGAAGCCUGGCCCCGAAACAACCCGUCCAUCCCCGCUGGGCAGUUACUCCCCUGUGCGAUGCAACGUGCCUUUCUUCCAAAGCGUGGACUCCUCUUCCUCGCCCACCACAGAGAGAGCUGAAGACAGCCAGCCCCCCAGAAGCAGGUCCUGCCCCCUCUCUGCUAACCUGCUUCCCACGAGGUCGUCCCCCGCUGUCAGUGCCAUGCUGCCCUCCAAAGCCACCAAAGCUGACACCCUGAGGCAAAAGGAGAACCCCAAACUGAUUCCCAAGAAGGAGGCCCCGCUGGAGCCAAGCCCGCCACUCUCUGAAUACCGACUCCACAGUGCUUCCCUCCCGCCCCUCUCAGUGGGUGGCAUGUCCAUGAGCAGAGUACGAGGCCAUGCAGAUUCACACUGGAGAAGUGGCAGUGAGACCAGCAGCUCUGGCCCCCUGAGCAGCAUGGGCAUACGGCCUGUCAAUGCGAACCACCUCUCCCCCCAAGCGCUGAAGUGGCGGGAGUACAGGCGGAGGAACCCCCUGGGUCUGGACCGCGUUUCAGGGCUGCCCAGCUUAGCAGGCAGCCUGGACAGGAGGCAGCAAGAGCCUCGGCUGAACCGGGGCAACCCCAUCUUUGAGCUCCCUGGCGCUCUCAGCACCAGCCAUUUCCACUGCAAGCUGAACGGACAGUCUAUGAGGCAACUCCAGCUUACCUACAAUGACUUCUUCCCUGACUACUUCUCCCUAGCGGAGAAACCCCCUGCUGAGUUCUGCCUCUCCCCAGAUGGCAACACGGAGUCCAUCUCCAUUGACUUGCUGCAGAAGAAGGCUCUGGUGAAGGCUAUCAAUACUGCUGUUGACCUGAUUGUGGCUCACUUUGGAACCAGCAGGGAUCCGGGGGUGAAGGCCAAGCUUGGGAACAGCUCUGUGAGCCCAAAUGUGGGACAUCUCAUCCUGAAAUACCUGUGCCCAGCUGUCCGGGACAUUCUGAGUGAUGGGCUCAAGGCUUAUGUCCUGGACAUGAUCAUCGGCCAGAGGAGGAACAUCCCCUGGAGCGUGGUGGAGGCGUCCACCCAGCUAGGCCCCUCUACAAAGUUGCUGCACAGCCUCUACAGCAAGAUCAGCCAGUACACAGAGCUCACCAACCACACCAUGAGGUUCAACGCAUUCAUCUUCGGCCUCCUCAAUAUCCGGUCCUUGGAGUUCUGGUUCAACCACCUUUACAACCAUGAAGACAUCAUCCUGGCACACUACCAGCCAGUGGGCUUCUUGUGCUUGUCUCACAGUGUGUGCCAGCCUCUUUUUGAGGAGCUCCUGCUCCUGCUCCAGCCUCUCUCCCUGCUGCCCUUCAACCUAGACCUCCUCUUCGAGCACCACCUGAUGCAGAUGGGCAAAGAGCAGCAGCAGCAAAAGGAGCUGCUGCGUGUGAAACAGGACCUGCUGCUCUCUGUGCACUCCACCCUGCAGCUGAUGCGGACCCGGGGCAGCAGUGAGGAUCCUGAUGGCUGCAGCACCGCCCCAGAAACAUGCCAAGGGGGUGCCAGAGAUGGUGACAUCUCACCAGGGCACAGCCCACAGCAAGCUGUGAGUGAGAAGAGGGUCAAGGGAGUGGGGGCCUCCUGUGGAGAAGGUGACAGGGAGGAAGAGCAGAGCAAGCUGCGAGAGAGCACGUGGGAGGGGAAGAAGGACAAGCAGGCAGGCUGGUGGUACCAGCUCAUGCAGACCUCUCAGAUUUACAUUGAGAGCUCAGCUGAAGGCUCAAAGUUCAUCCGCUCUGAGAAGAAGAAGGCAGCUUUGAAUCCUGCACCCCGGUCAGUGGAGACCCACAAGGCCCCACCUCCCCGAGAAGGGGUGGUGGAGGGUGCAGAGGCUUGUCCCAUUGCUGAGGGCAUCUUGGAGGAGAGGCCCAAGGCAGCCAGCAAGCCAAGUCCUGAAGCUUUGGAAGAGCCCUUGGAAAAGCCCCAGCAGGUAGUGGUCGGCGAAGAGGUGAAGGAACGGAGCUGGCCCUUCUGGAUGGGCAGCCCCCCAGACUCUGUGCUUACAGAGCUAAAGCGCAGCAAGGAGAAGGAGGCUCAGCAAAGAGCAGCAGCAGCAGCAGCAGCAGCACCCCCCCAAGAGGACAGCAGCACCAGUGCAUCAGAGAGCAGCCAACCCAUCAAGUGGGGACACUUGUUUGGGUCCAGGAAGGUACAGAAAGAGCCCAGGCAACCAAACAGGUUGCCCUCCGGCUGGCUGAGCUUGGACAAGUCUGUGUUCCAGCUGGUGGCCCAGACAGUUGGGGCUAGCAUGUGGCGUGAGGCAGCCCCGGAGCCAGACCCUCCCCAUCCAAAACCACCUGAGGCACCGGCUGUGGCACGACCAGCCCAGGGGAUGUCUCCUCACCCUACCUAUGAGGUGAAAGCUCUCUGCCAUCACAUUGCCACCGAGGCAGGACAACUGAGCUUCAACAAAGGGGAUAUUCUGCAGGUCAUCUCCAAGGUGGAUGGUGACUGGCUGCAGUGCAGCCUCGGCUCCGAGAAGGGACUGGUGCCCAUCAUGUACGUCACCCACCCCGAGGACGAGGACUAUUGACACGUUUAGGAGGCCAAGCACAGUUCCCUGGGCUGCUGAGGAUCCUCUGGGGUAGCCUACCUUGCCAGAGGAACAAACACAGCUUCUUGCUAGUUUCUUACCUUUCCUGCCAUUACAGAAUACAGUAACCGUAGGUGGUUCCUUCUUGCUCCUCCUUGUACAGCUGCCAAAGGCCAACUUACCCCCCCGGGGUCUUCUGCGAGCUGCACCUCGUAUUGCCAGGCAUCGCCAUGCAUGCAGCCACACCAGGGACCGCCUGACCCCCCCCUCCGCCCCACACUGUCUCCAGCACCCACAGACCAUGGACUUGUACAUUACAGGAACCCCAGCAGUCCCUGCUGGGACAGCGUUGUCCUGCUGCCCAGCUGUUGGAUGCUGGAGGGUGCAGGAUGUUGGCACCCUGGGGGUGGCAGUGUAGUCUGUGGCCUCCAGCAUCCCUGGCAUCCUCAGCCACAGGGGUGGGAGCACCCUGUGUUGGCAGGGUCCCUGCGAGGCUGGGCUGAUGGGUUGUGUUUAUUGGCGCACUGCAAGGUGGGCUCCCCCACACCAGAGCAUCCCUGUCCUAGGGUGCUGUUCCCGGUGGGUUGUCCCAGGACAAGUGGCCUGGCAGUGCCACACUGCAGGGCUGGGUUUGUGCGUGGCCACAGCCAGGGGAGGGGGACAGGGCAUGUGUGAGUGUGGAGCAAAGGGGUGUGUGGGGUUGUGAGGAAGGUUGUUCAGUGUUAUGUAGGUCCAGAAUGGGUAGUGCCACCCUGUGCAGAGAUGGGUGCUUUGGGGGGAGGCCCUGUGCCCUCCACACUGAGCAGGGAACCAGUGCUUGGGAAGCCCUGGGAUGCUCAGUGGAGAGGCACUGGAGGGGAGGGAAUGAGGGCAGGGUCCCUGACUGGGCUAGGGAUUUGGGGGCAGUGCUCCCAUCAAGUAGAUUGGGGGUGCUCCUAGAGGGAGCUGGGGAGCCUGGGGAGGGAGGGGUGGUGCUCCCUUUGGCACAGGGUUUCUGGUCUUGCUGAGCAGUGCCGUGGGGUGGGGGGGAUAAGUGUUGUGCACAAACACAAGGGGAUACUGGAGGUCCUGGGGUCCUUGGUAGAGGCAAUGCCAGUCAACCCCUUCCUUGCCAUGUUCAUGCCGCCUGCUGUAGUGGGGAUCUUCACCUGCCUGUCAGGUGGGGAACAGUGUUAAUGAAAGGCCAUGCCAGUAUUUGGUGCCAUGGCCAGCUUGACGCUGUUCACAGCAUCGUGCCUGGGCUGGCUUCACCAUGGCAAGGGGCUCUGGUCUUGCUAGGUUACCUCCUGCUUGUACAUCGCUUAGCGGAUGUUGCACCAUAUUUAAUUUGUAUUUCCCUGUUAGAAUGAGGUGUCUCGCCUUUAUUUAUUUCUUUAUUUAUGAUGCAUAUUAAUAAAAAAGGUGCUGAUUGAGCCCCCUGC